UGCAAACACGUCAAUAUGACGGUAUCAUCAAAUGUAGGCAAAAUCGUGUGUUAUUUCCCCCAAACGUAACGUUUCUUUAAGACAACCUUUUAAAGCCGUUUCAGACACAGCAUUGAGAAGAUAUAGUUGAUUGUUAUAACAGUCACAGAUGUGUGUGGACACGGGCGGAGUUGUCAGAGCUGUGAAAGAAAACUACACAACUGUUGGGUUUAUUGAGCGCGCGCCACUCUCGAGUCUAAACGCGCUAGAAGCAGCGACGCGCUUUCUUCUUUAACGGGGUUUAUCUUUUAACGCAUCACACAUUGGCAUCGUCUUCGUUUACCUGGAUAAUGCGAUCAACCCAAAAUCAUUUUGAAACGCUGAGCUGGUGCCACCAAUAGACUACACAACAGAAAAAGACGCUCGAGUGAAGUAGGACGCAUAUACCGAGGGGGUGUGGGAGAGGAGGUACUCCCAUCUCUAUGGCCUAUACUCUGGGCUCGGGGCCCGACGUGGCUCCUGUCAUUGGGUCCCAGCACUGCAUCACAAAGGUAGAGCUGUCUGUUUGUGGCUCCAAUCUGCUAGACCGUGACGUGGCAUCAAAGUCAGACCCCUUCUGUGUUCUUUUCCAAGAGGUGGAUAGCAACUGGGUGGAGCUUGCUCGAACGGAGACUGCCGUAAACAACCUGAAUCCAGUAUUUGGUGUGAAAUUUCAAGUGGACUAUCACUUCGAGGAAGUACAGAAGCUCAAGUUUGCCAUGUUUGAUGAGGACAAGUGCAGCACACAACUUUACGAACAUGACUUUCUGGGCGAGUUUACCUGCACACUGGGAGUGAUUGUGUCAAAUAAGAAGCUACAUCGACCACUUAUCUUAGCAAACGGCAAGCCGGCAGGAAAGGGGGCCAUCACAAUAACAGCCCAGGAGUUAUCAGACAACAGAAUAAUAACCUUGACCAUGUGUGGGAAGAAGCUGGAUAAAAAGGACUUUUUCGGAAAAUCAGACCCCUAUUUAGAAUUCCACAAACAAGGGGAUGAUGGGAAAUGGAUGAUGGUUCACAGAACAGAGGUCAUUAAAAACACUUUGGAUCCUGUGUGGAAGCCUUUCACGGUUCCUCUCAUCUCACUCUGUAAUGGAGAUGUGGACAGAAGCAUCAAGGUGCUGUGCUAUGAUUAUGACAAUGACGGAAGUCACGACUUCAUCGGCGAGUUUCAAACCACCGUCAACAAGAUGAGCGAAGCGCAGAACUCAGUGGAGGUUGAAUUUGAAUGCAUUAAUCCCAAAAAACAAAAGAAAAAGAACUACAAAAACUCUGGGGUCAUAAUUAUUAAGUCAUGCAAGAUCACAAGAGAUUACUCUUUCCUGGACUAUAUUCUGGGUGGUUGUCAACUCAUGUUUACUGUCGGCAUUGACUUCACGGCAUCCAACGGAAACCCGCGGGACGCGUCCUCUCUUCAUUAUAUCAACCCGAUGGGCAGCAACGAAUAUCUAUCCGCCAUAUGGGCCGUAGGCCAGAUCAUCCAAGACUAUGAUACCGACAAAAUGUUUCCCGCACUUGGAUUCGGGGCUCAACUCCCACCUGAUUGGAAGGUGUCUCAUGAAUUUGCAAUCAACUUUAAUCCCACCAACCCUUUCUGUUCGGGUGUGGAGGGGAUUGUACAGGCUUACUCCAACUGCCUGCCUCACAUUCGUUUCUAUGGACCCACCAACUUCGCCCCCAUCAUCAAUCACGUGGCCCGCUUUGCCACCCAAGCCCUCCAGCAGGACACUGCUGCACAAUACUUCACACUACUGAUAAUUACCGAUGGCGUGAUCAGUGAUAUGGAUGAGACGCGUCACGCUAUAGUCCAGGCCGCCAAGCUGCCCAUGUCCAUCAUCAUCAUUGGGGUGGGCAAUGCCGACUUUACAGCCAUGGAAUUUCUGGAUGGAGACAGCAGCGUGUUGCGAUCCUACACGGGAGAGGAGGCAGUCCGAGAUAUUGUGCAAUUCGUCCCAUUCAGAGACUUUCGCGAUGCUCCGAAGGAAACUUUAGCCAAAUCCGUAUUGGCAGAGCUGCCUCAACAGGUCACACAGUAUUUCAAACAGAGGAACCUGUCGCCUAGAAACACGAUGACGGAAUAAGAGCUCGAAGCCUUAAGUUCACAUUGCAUGUUGCCAAAACCUGCUAACUGUUUACAAACCCCCUUGACCUAUUUAACGGACAAAGUGCAUGUUUUUGCUGUAAAUAAGUGUUUUUAGUAAAUGGUUUAUUUAUUGGUUUAUAUAUAUGACAACUCAUCACUGAAGAUGCAAUGGCUAUUUGUGUGUCUAUCACAAAAUAAGUAACAGUAUAAGGCUGAAUGUAACUUUAUACUACAGUUUUUUGUGUUUUAAGAAAAGUGAAAGAUAAAGAAUAUGUUGUAUGUGGUGAUUUGUAUGCAAUGUGAUAGUCGUAUGGUGCCAUUGUCAACGUGGUGUUUUUUUGUACAGUUUUACUGGUUGUUUAUGUUUUACUCAGGUGAAUAAAUUUAUUUGUGAAAAGCA